CCUCAUCACUGGGACUACAUAAAGCAUUGCAGUGUGCAAGGGAUACAGUCUUCAGGGAAGGAUGGGGCACUCGUGACGGCACUUUGUGAAAUGCAGAACUAUUCUUUCCAGGCGCUUUCCAAGUACAUUGCAUGAGAUCUUUUGCUGUACCUCCCUGAGGACAAGCUCUUCCUCUCCAUCUGAAGCUUCACUCCUGGUGAAAGACCUAACCAGCCUCUCCUCGAAGGACUGAGGACUGAUACCUUUAGAGGAUGCCAGUGAACAGAUAAAGGGGCACCUACAGUAACAGAGGUCCUGCUCGAUCUAUCUCAUCUCGUCUCCUGGUUUGACUCCCCUCCCCGCACACACAUUGACCAUGAUGUUCGAGGAUCCUGGGGUGGGCGUUUUCCAAGUGUGGGACUAUGUGGUGUUCGCCGCCUUGUUUGUGAUCUCGUCUGGGAUCGGGAUCUUCUUUGCGGUCAAGGAGAGGAAGAAGGUCAGCUCCAGGGAGUUCCUGGUGGGGGGCAAGCAGAUGACCUGCGGUCCAGUGGCCCUGUCUCUGACGGCCAGCUUCAUGUCCGCUGUCACAGUGCUGGGGACCCCCUCGGACGUGUAUCGUUUUGGGGCAUCCUUCAUCAUCUUCGGCAUUGCCUACACCAUAAUGGUCAUUAUGACUGCAGAGCUCUUUGUCCCGGUCUUUUAUAGAUCUGGGAUCACCAGCACGUAUGAGUAUCUGGAGCUGAGGUUCAGUAGGACCGUCCGCAUGGCAGCUACACUCAUCUACGUGGUGCAGACGAUUCUGUACACUGGAGUUGUGGUUUAUGCCCCUGCUCUGGCUCUGAAUCAAGUGACUGGCUUCAAUCUGUGGGGCUCCAUAGCUGCUACAGGAGUUGUCUGUACCUUUUACUGCACACUGGGGGGGCUGAAGGCCGUGGUGUGGACAGACGCCUUUCAGAUGGUGGUGAUGCUGAUGGGCUUCCUCACGGUUCUGAUUCAAGGAACCAUAAAAAGUGGGGGAACCGCUGUUGUGUGGCAGAAGGCCCAGGAGGGAUCCAGACUGGAAAUCUUUGACUUUGAUCUUGACCCGCUGAGGAGACACACCUUCUGGACCAUAACUGUUGGAGGAACCUUCACCUGGUUGGGAAUAUACGGGGUUAACCAGUCCACCAUCCAGAGAUGCAUCUCCUGCAAGUCGGAGAAACAAGCCAAACUCGCUUUGUAUUUCAACCUGCUUGGGCUGCUGGUGAUCCUGGUCUGCGCAGUUUUCUCUGGACUCAUCAUGUACAGUUUCUAUAUGGACUGUGACCCCUGGACUGCAGGCUUUGUGUCAGCGCCAGAUCAGCUCAUGCCUUAUUUUGUCAUGGACAUCCUUGGACACCUGCCUGGGCUCCCAGGCCUGUUUGUGGCCUGCGCUUUCAGCGGGACUCUGAGUACUGUGGCCGCCAGCAUUAAUGCCCUCGCGACCGUGACCUACGAAGAUUUUGUCAAGUACUGUUUUAACAACCUGACGGACAGAUGCAGCACCUGGAUCAGCAAAGGGCUGUGUGUGGUGUUUGGGGUAGCCUGUACCACGAUGGCCGUGGCUGCUGCCUACAUGGGUGGAGUAGUACAGGCUGCUCUGAGCAUUCAUGGGAUGUGUGGAGGCCCGAUGCUGGGUCUUUUCUCCUUGGGAAUCCUGCUCCCCUGCACAAACUGGAUGGGCGCGGUGGGAGGCCUGGCCGUAGGGAUCACGCUGUCGUUCUGGGCGGGAAUUGGGGCCUUCGUGCACCCAGCUCUUCCUGGGAAGACCAUGCCUUUGCCUCUCAACACCAGCGGAUGUGUCCCCCUGAACACCUCGGACAUCCUGACCACGCUGGCCCCAUCGCUGGCACCGGAAAGGCCUGCCCUUGCGGAUUCCUGGUACUCCAUGUCUUACCUGUAUUACAGUGCUGUGGGCUGGCUGGCCACCAUGACAGCAGGCCUGCUGAUCAGUCUUGUAACAGGCCCCCAGAGGGGUAAAGAUGUCAAGCCUUUGUUGAUCCGGCCAGUGUGUAACCUCUUCUGUUUCUGGUCUGAAAAAUGCAAAACGCUGUGCUGGUGUGGGGUGCCGCAUGAUGAAGAGACUGUGGACUUCAGCAAAAACUUUGUCUCCAGCGACGCCCUGGCAAUGAAACAGGGACAGCCAAGAGACCAGGUGAAUGGGCUUAGCAAAGACCCCAGGGAGAUUUCAUCCAGCUCCAGCCCAGAGGACAAAGCCUACAUAAAUGCUGGAUUUACCAAGGAUACAUACUUUUAGGGCAUGGCUGAUAUUUAUAAUAUUAUUUUACUAAAGUCUUAUCUUUAAUUUAUUUAAAAAGUCAUAUUCUUAAUAGGGCAUGGGGAGGGAAAAAGACAGUUUUGUAGAGCACAUGCCUAGAUUUUUUGUAGACACAAGUAAUUUUUAAUUCCAGCAGUAGUGUAGUGGUUUCUAAUCUUGGUUCAGGACUGUAACACUUUGUCUCCUGCUUUUUGCUCCUUACAAGUUCUAAGAGGUCAAAUGAGAUUUAUACUGGACAUCAAUUCUGUACCGUUCUCCUAGUAUGAGAACUGCCUAGAUUCAGGUUUGUUGCCUAAAAUGUAACUCAGCAGAAGGAGAAAAUGCGCAUCGUGGGCACGUCUGAUACAGUGCCACUCACUCUAUGGGCAUUUCUGAUAUAGAGUGGGAAAGUCUGAUACAGUGUCACUCCCACUGUGGACAUGUCGUAUAGAGUCACUCCCACUGUGGACAAGUCUGCUAUAGAGUCACUCCUACUGUGGACAUGUCUUAUAGAGUCACUCCUACUGUGACAUAAAUUUGAAGGCUGUAAACACCACAGAUUGGACUGAAAUAAUGUCUGAUACAGUGUCACUCCCACUGUGGGCACGUCGAAUACUGUCACUCCUACAGUGUGUGUGAUACAGUGUCACCCACUGUGGGCACGUCGAAUACUGUCACUCCUACAGUGGGUGUGUGUGAUACAGUGUCGCUCCCAGUCUUGUCGGCUCAUCUUAAUUUGGCACCUAUUCAGAGCAGUUUGGUCAGACAUAACCACAAGCAAAUUGAGAAGAGGCUGUGUGUUUAAGUUGUUGGAAAGAGUUCCCUUGAAGUUGGGCAUUUUUGACACUCCCUACUGACUAAGGAAACAAGAUAACAGUCUAAAUAAGUGAACAGGUCAAUGAUGUCUUCAGUUAGCACUGGAGACAGAGCUCAGCUGGAGUGAAAAGCAGCAGACAGUGUUCCUCCAGGAUCAGGGCUAUGGGAUGCCCUUCAACCCAGGAUACUUUAUGAUUGUGAUAAGCUAUUUUAUCAUUUCUACUAUUUAAUGGACAGUAAUCUGGAUUUAUCUUGGGUGCUGUAAAUGCUAUAUGUAGUGAUAAAUGGGCUCAUUCAGCUAUUUGGACAAAGUGCAAUGCUCGCAUUGCAUUGCAUUUCUGAGCCUUGUAAAUGAUUAUUCUAUUAUUGAAAUAAAGUUUUUUUUUAAGUA